ACAGAAGUCACUGCGCAGCGCGAGCGCACGUCCGAUCGACCGCUCGUGGCCGGCUUUCGGGUUUCGUAAAAAAUUACGAUACUUUUUCCAACAAAAGUGACUUUUUGCUGAAUAAAUUAAUCCGUAAGACCGAUAGUGAUUAAUUAAAAGGAUUACGGCUAUCAAUUUGUUAGACAGAAUGGUGUCUUCCGUGAAUUUAUUAGUAGUAGGAUUUAUGUUACAAAUUACGUUUGUGUCCCCGAUUGCUGAAGUUGAGGCAGAUGAUGAAGUAUUACACCUUAUUGGCGAGCCAGAUUUCCGCGAUGUACGGCUGCGGUGGGAGUACGGCAAGAGUGAAGAAUCUGAUCCAAGGAAGCUGCUGGCUUUUCAGAUUCACUACUGCGAGUUGCAAGCCUGGGGCCAAUACCGAUGUAGAACUAAAGUAGUGGAUAAUAUUGAGGAAGACAGGUCUGCGAAGAUGGUGAUGGAGACAACUACAGCCAAGGCGGUCGUCCCAAGUGCCAAGCGCGGUCGCACCUAUACGUCUUAUAUCAGCGGCUUGCGAAUGGCCACCACCUACUCCUUCGAAGUGAGGCCAGUAAGACGGGAUGCGAGAGACUUGGCAGACCCGCAUUCUAUUGGAUCGAAAAUUAUCAUUGUACCCACAAAAGGAUUUUCUGCGCGAGCUACACAAUGUCUGCCUCACGCUAGCGAAGUCGAAGUAUCGACUGGCCCAUAUUUCGGUGGUCGAAUAGCUGUCGAAGCAGCGGAUGGUGGUCCGGAAAGAUGUUCAAUCCAAGGCAACCCGAACAGUGCCCAAGACGCAUAUAUCUUGAGAAUACAUCACGACGAAUGCGGUUCUGAGGUCAAUGAUACUACAGUAGCCACUUACGUGAUCGUUCAAGAGAACUUGCCAAUACUUACACACAGCACACGCCGAUUUUUAGUGCUUUGCACAUAUAAACCGGAAACCCUUACGGUUCGAGCUGGAAUCAAUCUGCCGAAAGCUAAUCCUGGCGAUGUUUUAGUUGAGACGAAAUCCCAUGGGAUCGUGGAACCAUAUGAUGAUAAUGAAUUAACUGAUAAUAGUCUUCAACCGGCGCGGCUUGAAGCCAGAAAGGAGGAAAGCCAACAAAGUAUGGUUGGAGAGAUAACCCUUGUCAUGUUCCUAGUUGUAGCUGCAUUCGGAGGUGUGGCUCUUCUUAUAUGGAAAAUGGUACCACAAGCUAGUCGAAGCAUGGAUAACGUGUCCGUAUCUACGAUUUCGUCCCUUUCUCGCAGCGGUAUCUUCAGCAGGAGAAACAUUGACAGAUUUUCCGAUAAAAGUUCCGUUUAUUCGAUAACACUUUCGGAAAAAGAUGAAAUUGUUAAAAAACCUAGCGAAGGCGACAAUAGUUCAGAUGCCUGAAUCAGAAUCGAUGAUGAUCUACGAGUUUUAUUGUACUUUGAGCUUUUUUUAGAUUAAGUAACUGUAUGAUACUCGGGUACUGCAAAAUCCAAAUGAUCCAUAUUUGCGAACUUGGUUAGAACUUUUCACAUUAUAUAUAUAUAAUGCUAUUCCUAUCAUUCAUUACUACUGAUCCUUACGGAGCUUUGUACGAAUUUUGGCAUGUUUGUAUAUCAUACCAUACUAUGAUGUUUGUAUUCUAGAUUCUAGAUGAGCUUUUGACUGAACUAAAAAGGGGCGGAGAAUUUUUUGUAGCAUUGGGAACCUAUAAUAGGCCCGAUAAUUUUAAUGUUAAGUAUUGAAUUUGUAAAUAUAUUGUAGUAGAUAACUAUUAAAAAUACAUUAAGUUGACGCUAUUUAUAAAUGUAAUAAGAUUAUGCAGAUGUAUGUGUUUACAUCUGGCCAGUAUUAUUAAUUCACUACGCCACUAUUGCCAUAAGCUAUCUCACAAUUCACAAAUUAUAAUAAUUAUAUAAUUUAAGUUAAUUUAUAGAUAUGGUACUUGCCGCAUUGCAACUUUAAAACACCCAAUACUACGGUACGAGAGGGAAUUAGUGUAGACUUUAACAUCUUGAACCGCUUUGGGAUUAUCAAAAUUAUUAUUCAAACAUAUUAAAUUUUCAAUGUUAUUAGCAAGAGCGGGAGCGUAAGAGAUACUUUAAAAAACCUAUUUAACCCUUAUCUAGUUAGUUGCAAUGUGACAUGCCAAAGUUUUGUGUGGAUUUGCUUUACUUAUUAAUACAAUAAAAGAAUUAAUUUGACUGA